AUGGGUAAUUAUACACGCGCUGCAGUCACUUGCGAUCAUGGAUUGUGUAGUGAAAUUGGCAGGAAUAUUUUGAUGAGAGGUGGUAAUGCAGUGGAUGCAUCAAUCGCUUCAAUGUUCUGUCUCGGUGUCACAAAUCCUCAGAGCAGUGGUAUCGGCGGUGGCUUCAUUAUGACGCUAUAUAAUAGGACUGAAAAAAAAUGCACUAUUAUUGAUGCCAGAGAAACAGCGCCUGAGAAGGCCCAUCGGGAUAUGUUCAUCAAUGAUGAAUUCGGUUCCAAAUAUGGUUAUCGCGCUAUAGCAACACCAGGAGAAAUUGCCGGAUUUUGGCUUGCAUUCAAACGUUUUGGAAGUGGACAGGUAUCUUGGUAUGAUUUGAUAAAACCAUCGAUUGAUCUAUGCCGUUAUGGAGUACCCGUGUCCAAGUACCUCGGAUAUGUCCUUAGUGCAAAGGAGAAACAUUGUAAAACAUUGACCACUAUGGCAAGUUGGAUUAACAAUAAUACCGAUAAAGUGUAUGUUGCCGGAGAUAUUAUUAAACGAUCGGAAUUAGGUAAUACAUUAGAAAGGCUUGCACUUAGUUCCGAUCCAGUGGAGCUUUUCUACCGUGGAGAUAUCGCCAAAGAAUUAGUCAGGGAAAUCCAAGAUAAUGGCGGAAUUGUAACGGAGAAUGAUUUCGCACAAUUUAAACCAAUAGUACACGAGCAGCCACUGGUCAAUGAUCACUUCUCGGGUGAUUUAGUAAUGUGUGGUCCACCACCUCCUUCCUCAUUCGCAGUUACUCAACUGAUUAUAUCUCUCAUGGCUCGAUUUUAUGGGCCUAUGACAAGCAAAGAGGUGCUAAAGAGUGAUGCACUUUUUUAUCAUAGAUUUCUCGAAGCGCAAAAGUUUGCUUAUGCACAACGGACUUUGAUGGGUGAUGAAGUUUUCGUGAAAGAAGCCAAAGAGCUUGCCAAAAAUAUGACAACAAAAGCAUACACGGAUUGGGUAUUUUCAAGAAUGCGCAAUAAGGCACAACCAACAGAAUACUACGGUGGAAUUUCGAAACAGUUAGAUGACCAUGGUACGUCGCAUGUUUCGGUAUUAGAUUCUAUGGGUAAUGGAGUAUCCAGUACAAGUACUGUUAAUCGAUGGUUUGGUGCGGUAGUGCAAUCUGUCAAGUUAGGAGUUGUAUUUAAUGACGAAAUGGAUGACUUCUCCACUCCAGGCAUGCCAAAUGGCUUCGGAUUUGCGCCAUCUGAAAGCAAUUUCAUUGAGCCCAAGAAGAAACCAAUGAGUAGUAUGAGUCCAAUGAUCAUUUAUAAUAAUAAAACUGGAAAAAUUGUAAUGAUAGCAGGAUCAUCGGGUGGUUCGAAAAUAAUUUCAUCUUUGGCUAAGGCUGUUGUUCGAGUGCUAUUUUUCAAUGAAACUAUAAAAGAGGCUAUUGAUGCUCCAGCGUUACACAAUCAAUUCACACCAGAUAUUACACAAUUUGAACAUGCUGUACCGAGGGAGUUGAUGAAUGAUCUGACGCAGAAUUUCGGACAAAAGUUCAAAAAAACCACUGGUUUUGAAGGUAUAGCUCAAGGGAUUGUAGUGAGUGAGGAUGGAAUCUACGUCAAUGGAGACUACAGACGUAAAAGUGAUAUGCAUCCUGGAGGAUAUUAG